AUAUCUGAACAACACAAACCUGCGAAAAGAAAAGGGAAAAAAAAUGUCAUCUUCCACCUCCGUCCUUUCCCCUCUCCUCGCUCACGCUCAUGGCCGCGCCUCUCCCACCUCAAGGGCGCAACCUCUCAUCGCUUCCCGGCUCAACCUCGCCGGAUUCUCGGCCUCCUCUCCACGACGGAUUCUCCCGGCACCUCGCGCGAGCGGCGGCGGCGGCGGCGGGGAGGAGGAGGACAGCCGCGUGCAGGAGCUGAGGGUGCCCGGUUCUUGGCUCACCCCUGCAGGAGCAGCGCAGGAAUCCGAAUGGCUGAGGGAAACACUGCACAAGUGGCUCGACGACGAGUACUGCCCGGAGCCAGCCAAUGUGGACAUCAGCAACACCGCUGCGCGGUCAUUCUACGAGUCCCUGACGGCGAAAGAGUCUGACCUGGGAGAGAUCUUGCUGAAGAUGGUGGGAGAUCUGCAGAAGCUGUCAUACAAGGAGAGCUUCCACGGCGCGUUCUCGGCUGCCAAUGCCGCGGUGAGUUUGAUAUCGCAGAGGAUGGAGUCAUCAUCUGAUGACUGAUCAUUGCCAAGCAAUUGCUAGAUGGGUUUUGCUUUUGAACCAUCCUAGCAGGGAAUUGGCAUCUCAGAUCUUUGUCUACUGAAUUGAGUUCAUCAGGUUUCUUUGUGUGCCUGGGCGGGCGCUUGGUUGAGAAAAUUGAAAGAUGAUGUGAUCAUGUAAUUGUAACUUGUAAGUACUUGCAACAGUCACAUGCGAUUUUGAGUAAAAUACGCUAAUGGUUCUUAAACUUA